GUGAAGCGCCGGUCUCUGACAGGUCAAUUAUAAGGCGAUUCCUGCUCUCGCCUUCUCUCUCCUCUUCUUCGUUUUACUCUCUCUCGUAAGUUUAGAGAGAGAAAGAGUGGGCGCUAGAGAGAGGAGGAGGCAAAAGCUUCCUCCUUUGAGAUAAUUUGAAAUUUGAAAGCCCAAAUCUGUAGUGAAUGCCUACCAGGCUAUAUUUCCUCAAGGCCCUGCUCUGUUACUGAAGUUCCACCUGUCAUCUUCAGACACUAGAGUCACUGGUCAAUGGUUUCAUUAUCUGUUGGACUUCCACCGAUCAUGGAAACAAUCUUCUCACCUGUGUUUGAUCAGAAUGACUCUCAGUUUAGGCCCAUAAACCACAAUGAUGCAGUUAGAGAUGAUAGCCUGGAACUUCCUCAGCUGGUUUCUGUUGAUAGCAUCAAUGGAAGGUUCACUUUUGGUGAUGCCCAAAAUUGCACCGUUUGGGAUCUCUACAAUUCUGAGGUUGCUGCUUCACCCCUUGUUGGUGAUAUUGGCUAUCCUGAUGUCAUAACAGCUGGUUUUCAAGAUUAUGAACACAUACAAUAUGAAAUGAUUUUUGAUCAUGAGACUAAAUACAUGGUACUGCCUUCCCUCGAAAAACCCUUGGAAGUCAGUAGCAUUGAUGAUGACAAAUCAACUGAAGCUGCAAUGUCUUCUGAUGAUUCAUGCUUUUACUUAGCAAUUCAUCAAAUGACAUCCAAACUGGAAACUGAGAUAGGCUACAGAUAUAGUGGCACGGAGGAAGUUGAAUGUUUUGACCCACAGAUAUUUCUCAGAAAUUUACCUGAUAUAUCGGAAGCUGAUUGGCCUAAUUUAUUACAGAAGGAAACAACAAAAAGGAAGCCUAUCACUCUAGUACUUGAUUUAGAUGAAACUCUUGUCCAUUCCACCUUAGAGUAUUGUGGAGAUGCAGACUUCAGUUUCCAAGUUUUCUUUAACAUGAAGCAGCACACUGUGUACGUGAAAAGACGACCCCACCUUCAAACAUUCCUUGAGAGAGUCUCUCACAUGUUUGAGGUCGUAAUCUUCACAGCCAGCCAGAGCAUUUAUGCUGAACAGCUGCUCGAUAUUCUAGAUCCCAACAGGAAUCUAUUCUCUAAGCGAAUGUAUCGUGAAUCUUGUAUAUUCUCCGAUGGCAACUACACCAAAGAUCUUACUGUUUUAGGAGUUGACCUCGCAAAAGUCUUGAUAGUUGACAACUCGCCACAGGUUUUCCGGUUGCAAGUAAAUAACGGAAUACCUAUCACGAGUUGGUUUGAUGACCCAUCAGAUCAAGCACUCAUCUCGUUGCUUCCUUUUCUUGAAACUCUUGUUGAUGCUGAUGACGUUCGUCCUAUUAUUGCAGAGAGAUUUGGUAAUGCAGAGUGAUAUUAGCCUAACUUUAAACACCCCUUCUAUAGAAUUGGCGGUCAUAAUAAGCCUCAAUGGCAUUUUUAAUUCUUUUCCUAGCCGUAAGCUCAGGCAAUUGGUAGGAAGGUUAUUGAAUUUUGAAACUUUUUUUUGUAUUUGUGUGUGCAGACUGCCUAGUAUUCAUUGUACAUAUUAAUUAUUGUCAUGUUUGGUUAUGUUUUAUGAGGUGUGUUGACAAUUUGGAAAAUGAAGUUGUACUCUGUUUUGGCUUGCAUAUAACAUCAUGGUUGGAUA